CCGCGGCUCAUGGACUCGGGGAGGAUGCUGCCGGGCGGCGGGCUCACAGCCCACACGUGCAAGCGCGGGCGAGCAGGAAACGCCCGCGGGACAAGGACUUUUGGAGAGCGGUCAGAGAGCAGCACCGAGUUGUGACUGCGGGCGUUGCCAUGGUAACUGGGGGACCGGAUGUGGCGACCUUAGGGUGCGACGGGGUGCUCGCUGGCCGCCCGAGGUCCGUCGAGCGUCUGGCCGUAACGCGGCGGAGGUGCUUUUCCACGUGGGGAGAAGACUUGGGCAAGCGAGUAGGAGCUCCACGGGGGGAGCAAAGCCUCCGCGUGGGCCGCACCGCGAGCCAGACCCUCCGUGGGAGAGGGCGGCCGCGGAGCCACCACCUGCCGGAAGUGGCAUGGCGAAAGCCUCGGGCUCCCGGCCCACCGCCCACCCGGAAGCGGAAACAAGCCCAGUGUGCCCCUUCCUCACUGCCCUCCAGAUCUUGCUGCAGCCAUUGCCGCCGCAGCCACGAUGCCCAAACGCAAGAAGCAGAAUCUGCAGCAGCAGCAGCAGCCGCCACAACAUCCUGCACUGUCCGACCGGGACGAGCCUGGAGACGAGGAGGACGAGAGUCCCAUUGGUGAAAGUGCAGCCUUCUGUGAACUACUCCCCCGAGGGAAGGAGAGGAGAAAAAAACUAAGAUGGGCCAACAGUUAAGGACCACCCAGCCUUCUGGGCCCUCCUCCCAUGGCUAAUGGAAAGCCUGGUGAUCCCAAGUCAGCUCUUCACAGAGGUCCUCCAGGAUCAAGGGGACCGAUGAUUCCGCCACUGCUGAGUCUCCCACCUCCUCCCCGGGGUAGAGGCCCUAUUCGAGGAGGCCUUGGUCCUAGAUCUAGCCCAUAUGGUCGUGGUUGGUGGGUUGUCAAUACUGAACCUCCGUUUCCUGGGCCAGGCCAUGGGGGUCCCUCUAGGGAAAGCUUUUACAGAGAGCCAAGACAUCCACGAAGGCUCAAAAGCUGGUCUCUUGUCAAGAACACCUACCCACCUAAGAACAGCCCCCCGGUGAUAGAAGACAAGUCUGACCGCCCCGUCUGCCGACACUUCUCCAAGAAGGGCCACUGUCGGUAUGAAGACCACUGUGCCUUCUACCACCCGGGCGUCAACGGGCCGCCUCUGUGAGACUGUGCCUUCCCACCUGCGCUGGAAGGAGCCCUGACAGUGGCCCCCUCGCAGCUACUUGAAGGCCCUGCGUUCACCUUCAGUCAGUGACAUGUCCGCCCCAUUCAUCGUCUCCCCCAUGGGGUCCAGAGUUGUGAUUGUCACUGGUGUGCGGUGCGCAUUGUCUUGUGAUCCAGGCUUCAGAGACUUUUGGGACCCCAUCUUGCUCCCUCCCACUGCCUCCUGGAUCCUCCCCUCUGCCCAAUGACUGCUGAACAGGAAACCAUUGGUGCUGUGUCUUGUGCAUCGCCCACCUGUCUCCCAGUAUUGCCCUCAGUUCCCACGAACCCUGGAGCAGCCUUCUGUCCUCCAGCUGCUGUUUCAAGUCCUUUGCCGUGAAGCCCCAGUGUUUGCAGCUGCCCGGACACGCACCAGGUUGUCUGUCCUUGGGGUCAGGUUUGAGUGACUGGUACAGACUUGCUUCCUGAACAGCCUCCCCCUGCUUCUGGAUGUCCUAGUUUCUUGUCAUUAGCAUGAGCCCCGCCGCUAAGGCCUGUGGUCACUGUGCUUUGUGGAACUGUGCAUCCCCUCGUAGCCUUCCUGAGUGUCCGUGGCAUUUUUGUGGCUUCCCAACACUAGAUAAGUUAUUCUGCCAAAUGGAGCAAGGCUCUCGGUGCCCUCUAGACCUCACCUACCUCCCAACACGGGAGAUGUGAGACGUCCUCAGACUGCCUUCUUGUCGUGCCCUCUCUUCUGGUGUCUGGCACAGGCCAGUGAUGUCUUGUAAAGCCUGGGGUGGGCCUCCCCACGCAGCCUCUGCCCGGCUCAUUUUAGUUAGGCCCUAUCAUUGUGAGGCCACCAGCCCUUCCAUUUGAAUUCUGUGAAUCUCCACCUGGCCUUGGCUUGUCUUUGGGUGGAACCUGGACAGUACUGUCACCUCUGACCCUCACAUCCUGGCACUGGUUGUUUUCUGUGAAAACAGCAGUGAACUUGGGUUUUGAGCUGGCCCUAAGGAAGUGGGUCAGGAGGUGUAUGGACAAGAGGAGUUGGAGAACUAAGAAUGAUUUUUUUUUUAUUUUUUUUUUAUAUUAGUAAUAAACACAGUGGAAACCGGCA